AUGGGUCCCGUGUCAGUAGUCUUGAGCAUGUCAAACAAUCUGACAGGCAGACAAACGCCCUCGACUCCUGAGGACAUCACCCGCAGUCUCCAGCUUCAACUUGCGCAAAGCCCGGCGGCCGGAACUGGACUGUCAGCGACAACGUAUCGACACCGACGAGACAAACGAAAAGCGCAGCACGAAGAUCCGACUUGGAACGUCAAGAAGCCCACCGGAGCAGAACCCGGGCCGGAGUCGUCACAGGCCGUCAAGAGGCGCGGACAGCAGGAUCCCGGGUUCGGAUUCGCCAGUGAGCUGCAGCAGUAUCUCGAUGUCCUACGGCAACACGAGGUCGAGACCAUCGACGUCCUGAGCCCAGCACCGUCUACGCCGCAGGAGCCCGAAGAAGCUGUGACGUUCGCCCCAAACCUGCCGUACCCCGUCAUCAUCCCGCAGCGACGAUCCGCGACGACCCGCGCGCGGGGGUUCGUCUGCGACUACUCGCCAGCACUACGGAGCGCCGGCGUCGGCGAGAAGUCGUUCUCGGGCUUCAUCAGCCAGCUGAACAGGGUCGCCGAGUUGAAACCGCGCGCCCAUGCCGUCAGCUUUGGCGGAUUCGCGGACGUGUGCGCUGGCAUGCGCCGCGAUCCAUUCAUGUCCAUGGCGGUCUGCAAGGCCGUCGAGAUGAAGAACAGCCUCGGGAAGCCCACGGUGAUGAACAAGUUCAUCACAAACAUGAACGACGAACUCUUCAAGCCGAAGGGGCUCGUUUGUCUUCUCAUCACCUGGGAGGUCGAAGAGCCGGUAAUAUCGUUGACGGAUCGCAGCAAUGGGGGCAGAAGAUUGACGUCGGCAAAAAAUGAACCGAAAAGAAGAGUCCAGUGGCCGGAUGUAUCCAUCAGUACGACUCAGGCGAUGAGCGCAAUUGUAUGGCCUCAACCUGCCAACGGAAUCGAAAGAGAUGGCAAUACGCUCUCAGGGGCAGAGACCUCAACGAUGACAUGGAACCAAAGCUACUUCCCAAGCCCCGGCGGACGACCCAUUCACAGCCAAGAGGACCAAUGCGUAAUGGCACACCACGUGGGAGAACACUGUAGACCUCAAGUGGGAAACAUACAGACCGAACCCCGAUUUCUUUCGGCAGAAACGAUACCUUACAAACAGGUCUCCAGUGGGGGCGACCUCUCUUCAGUCAAGCCCGGCGGUCAGACAGCCUUCAACGUCUCAAGCUGGCGUAUGGCCUUCGAACAGCAGGAAGCAAGUGAAGAUAGUACAGGCUCUUUCUGGGGUUUCGACACCUUCGUGUCUUUUGAAGGUGCCCAGCAGGUUGCAGAAACGCAGCAGAAACCGUCGACAGAGGCGGACGAUCCAGAGCCUCGCAGUAAUAGCGUCGCUUCGCCCUCCUUCACUACUGGAGCGUUCAAGGUUGUAGAAACAGACUCGUUGUGUCUUUUGAUUACAAGUAUGCCUUUAGCAUGAGGCAAGAGAAUCGUAGGGACACGGACGCUCGCCAUCGCAUCGUAGGACAUUUGGAUUGACUGGGCAUCGCCACGGAGUUGUUGUGUGUUCUUCCGCGAGAAGAAAGGUUUUCAGCACCCACCGGAAUCAGGUGUACACGACCAUGAUGAUCGAAACGUGUAAUGAUUAGAAUCUGUUCAGAGCGGUUGUUGGAGACUGCUGGCCUUCCUGCAUUGAACGGGAUCUAGGUAUCAGUGAAACUACUUUAAAGACUGUCAGAAGCCCCCUUUUUUUUAUAGACUAUGGGCGACUGAUUCAAACGAUGCAAGACCACAUCAUUCUGCAUAAUAGUCUGCUUCUCGCUCUCUUCGAAAACGGACAGUGUAGGACCUACACGUCUCGAACCCCGCAGACGUAAUGAAAACCGCCAGGUCGCGUUCGCCCAAGCCCAGCAGUCUGCAUCUUGC